AUGGCAGAAAACAACGAACGUCGCAGAUCUUCUCGUAGAAUUUCCCAACAUAAUAAAAAUUCAGAGGUAUCUGAUGAAAAUUUGGACGCAAUCCUUGAGGCUCUGGAGUUAGAGGAGAGUUUGCAAAAUGAGUUUGACGAUGAGGCUGAAAUUGACGAUUACAAGUGUAAAAAUUGUGAAAAAGUGUGCAAGAGCAAAGCAGGAUUAAAAAGACACGCAACCCUGAAACACAAAGACACAUCUUCAAAAGCUGAAACACAAAGUGAGCCAGAAACUGCAGCUUUAUGUGUUGAAGAUUUCAACAGUCUCGUCCAAUUAUCAAAAAAAGCUGCAGGAACAAAUGGAUGCUACCCAGACCUUAUGAUCAAGGAAAUUGAAUCACAUCAUGAUGUGUAUGGCCAGGACUCAAAGAUUUUUCAGCAGUUUGUUCAAAUAUAUGCAGAACUGUGUGCAGAUGGAAACUCAGAGAAAUUUUAUUCAAAUUUUUAUGCAAAGAUAGUCCUUGAUGCACAACUAUGCUUUCCAACCUUGACAUGCCACUCUGCUACCCUGCUUGCAAUGAAAUUGGCCAAUUGUUCACUUGCCCAGUAUAAGAAAAAGAUUCUUGAAGUUAAUCUUCAAAUUCCAACAGCAGCAUUGACUGAAACUGAAAGGGCAGCAAUACACUAUCUUGGAGGGUAUGUAUACCACAACUUAUAUCGGAAACUCCAAAAGUCAAAACAAUGGAAAUCAGUGGACAGUCAACAAUGUAUGGCCAUUCUAAAAGCUGAAAAAGCAUUAAAUGGCAGUGAUCCUGACCAAGUUAAUAAUGCAAACCUGGUCACAAUUCUCACCCGUGGCGGCUUGUGGGAUAUAACAGCACCAGCUUUGCAAAUUUUUGAAGUGGUUGAGAAAACCUUUAAAGAAGAAAUUAAAACUAGCGAAGAAAAAAAUGUUAUUCACAUACACCAAAUUUCUCAGAAGCUGCAAAAAGACCCGGAUAUUGUAUGCAAUUUCAAUGCUAUUGUUGCAGAUGCAGAGAUUCCUUGCAACUCUGAAUCUCUGAUCUCGGGCCUGUUGAUGAGUGUUAUUAACUUAUAUGUCAGAGUAAGAGCAUUUUCACAUGCAAAAAGUUUAAUGCAAAAAUUCAAAAUGAAGAAAGGCAUUGCAAAGGCAAAGGCCUUACGUACGGAAAUCAAAAGGUCAACUGAACCAAGUGCAGUAAGGGACUGA